CACUGAUCGAUCAUAACACUUGCUGUCGGAUCCCACCAAUAGGUCGCCCCUUCCCGCAAACUCUAUCUCACACGCAUUCACGUGACCAGUGCAACGUGCAAGUUGGCAGCGUAGAGCACAGGAGUGCAUAAUGUUGACUGCAAUGUUUAUGUGAGGAGAGUUUCAGAAUAAGCUGGAAUAAGAUUUCAACCGCUGCCGCUCCAGGACCAAGAUGAAGAUGUUGACUCCAAGAAGCGGACGCUAUACUAUCCAGUCCGAUGGGGGACAGUUGAUUGAUCUGAAGACAAAACAGCUACUCUUCUUUGAGUGCGGCAUCGAAACGGUAAGGCACGAGUAUCUGAAAUCGAAUGAGGAAUUUUCUCAAGAAGGUGCAAACACAGUGUAUGAAAAGUACCACCGGAGAAGACAGUCAAAGUGUAUUCUUUUGUGCUUGACAGAUCGUAUUCGUUUAACUAAACGGGGUGCACUUGGUUCUAGUCCUUUUCGCAAACAACUGAUGUAUCGAGAGAUAAAACACUUCUUUGUUUUCCCUUCCAAUCCUGGAAUAUUUAUGCUGUGCACCGUGGACGACAAACAUUUGAGAAAGGCUUACGAAUUGUACCGUUGCAAACCAGAAGAUGUGAAUACCAUAUCCGAUCUUACUUACAAAGCUUCUAUCGACCCUCAGCACGUUCUCCGUGAUACAGAAUAUUCCCGUACAGCGCCCGUUUCUCCUAGUUAUCCAACGGCCUCUCAGUCCAGUUGUCUCGAUGAUGUAUUGGACAAGGGGUCUAUGGAGGAAAUGCCGAGUGCUUCAAGAAAAGCUACUUCGCAUUCUAUUACAUCGUCACCCGGAAUUGUGUCUCAGCCAAGUAGGUCAGUGCAAUUGGUCCAUGCCAGAUCAAUGUCUGUCGGUGUCUUGAGCAACAACCCGCCACAUGACCACACGUCUUUCAUGGGCAAACAAGUGAAUAAGCAACUUAACUCGCGGGAAUCGCAAACCAGUACAACUGAUGUAAAUGAGUUGCCCGUGGUUGUUCGUGAGCACCUUGUGUCACCAUCGCUUGGGAGUCCUGUUUCACAUGCUCAUCCCGAAUACCUGAACCUGCCGAAGCAGGCCACAAGAGAGCGAUCGUCAUACACGGAUGAAGGACGGCGUCAGUACACAAGCAAACGUGUAGGUGAAGAGCGUCCCGGGAAGCGCAUCAUUAUCGAACGAGAACAUGCAAGUCACCUCUCAACAACGAACGGAGACGAAGCCAACAAUUGGGAUGAUUCGGUCACCUACCUGCAGUAUAACCCCACCACAGGAAUGAAAGUAACCGCAGAUGGACCGAUUUAUAUGUACAUAGCACGGUUUCCGAGUCAGCACAAUUUGUCUUCGAUAACGCCAACCUCCCAGACGAACGUGUGGUCUUUAUGAUAAGGAUCCAAAAAUAUGUUUUAAGAUAUCAGAGGCUUAGUGAAUCCCCACUUGGCUUCAUCUAGUGUUUCGCUUUUGACACCUUUGCCAGAUCUGACCUCACACACAUAUCGCAACGUUGGUGAAUUCCUUAGAUGUGUUUAAUGACCUUCUGCAAAACUGUUGUGCCAUCCUGCGCUGAGCCAUUUGUUUCAUCGGAAACUUUUCCCACUGGUUCUUGAUGACGAGAGAAAUUGGAGUGUCGCAUUUGCUGAAGGAUUAUGUACCAUAUUGUGUCCUCCUUUAUCUGGAUCUCACAAGAAAGCCUAUUACAAACUACCCGAUCGUUCUGGUACGCAGUCCAGCUAAUAGACCCUACUUUCCUCUUGGCCCAAGCCAAGGUCGUUAGAGCUGGGGGACGGACGUGGUCUCUUAACCACUUUAAGCUGCAUGGCAGUGUCGUAACUGAGGGAUGUCACUGAAUUGAUAGCCUAUCAUUGGUUGAUCCGUCUGCGUGUUUAUAGUUCCGUGAAGUAAGAAGUGAAAUGUGAUGUUGAUUAUUGAUUUCUGGUGUGUGGUUUCUUUCAUCUCGUGUUUCCUUUUAAACACCGGUGAGUUCUUCGUCAUUUACUAAAGGUGUUAUUGUGAAACACAUUUAACGCCCUCGCUCAUAAUGAAGGCGAACGUUUUUCUGCUUAUCACAGGUUGAUCUUUAUUGUUUGAAGUCCUUCCGAGUAGCUUAGUGAAAAGAGCCUUAUUAUAUCACAGAUAUGCAAACAUGAAACCCUUUGUUUCCGUAGGCAUGCUUCUAAUAUUCGGAUAAUAUUAUUUCUUAGCACGUUUACAAAAUGCAGUACAGUGUCCAG